AUGGACCUCAUCAUCGACUACCUUCACGACGACAGGAAGACACUCCAAAGCUGCUCCGUCCUCUGCCGCGCCCUCGUCGCCUCCGCUCGCUACCACCUCUUCGAAACCGUGGUUGUCAACCGCCGGAACUUCAAGAAAGCCAAGUCCAUCCUCGUCCGAAAGGCACCCCACCUGCUUGCCUCCGUCCGCAGCCUGACGCUCGAGGGCUUGAACGACCCGCAGGAGAAGACCGUCGACCGCCUGCGCGACCUCCAAGACGGCAAGGAUCUCCGACCCCUGACGCACACCUUCAUCCACGACAUCGCCCCUAGGGCCGUGAACGUCUCUCACCUCGGAAUGAAGGACGUCCCGCUCAACGGCGCCGUCGUCGCCGCGCUCGCAGCCGCCCUCCCGCACGUCCACACGCUCACCAUUUUCGACUGCUGGUUCCGCUCGAACGCCGACUUCGACCGGCUCGUGCGCUCGCAUCCGCUCGUGCACACCGUCCGCGUCGGCCGCCUGUCCUCGCUGUACGGCAUGACGCCGCCGGGCCAGGAGUUGCCCAUCGGCCCGCCGCUGCUCUUGCCGUCGCUCAAGAUCUCCGAGGCGUACUCCCCCUCGCCGUGCACGAUGAUGCCCUGGCUGGCGGGACACGCCGACCCGGAGCACUUCACGUACACGCUGUACCGCGUCAGUCAGAUACCGACGCUCAACAACAGCAUCUUCGCCAUGCCGGCGCUCCAACACCUUCACCUAGUCUACUACCGGUGGCGCUACAACGCGGCAGACCUCGAAGAGGUUCAGGACGCCCCCGCGAUGCUCGGGCUCGCCCCCCGCGCCCCCGCAACGAUCACGACGCUCACGCUCGACGGCAAGCUCGAGUCCCUCCUGCUCGUCGUCUACACCCUCGCCCUCCUCGACGUGCACGGCUUCGCCGCGCUCCGCACCAUCAACGUCCUCGUGCACGUCGUCGCCGAGGACGUCGCGAACCUCGCGCCCCACGUCUGGGCGGCCGUGGAUUGCGCGCUCGUCGCGCUCCCUGCGCUCGCGGCUGUCCGCUUCGCGAACACGUGCAAGGACACCGCGCACGUCGCUGCGGGGCGCCGCGCGAUCGUGCAGCGGCUGCCGGCGCUCCGUGCGCGGAAGAUCUUGACCGGGCUCUGGGCCCUAGUACUGGGGCGCGCGGUGGUUUUGGGUAGGCUCGUUUUCUUGCGCACUUGCCGCGGAAUCGAGGGCUGA